AAUUUAACUCAGCAACUCCUGUCCCGAGUCAUCUGUUGGCCCGACAAGCUUGCUAUUUGUAUCGCCGCUCAGCUACAUGUUUUCGUUCCCAGUGGACUGAAGAGAAUGAAAAAUCGUUACAAGGUAGUUCGCAUGCUUUAUGCAAUUUGGAAGUCAAAGCUUCUGGGCAGGAGGUCGACGGAGUGAGAUCUUACUGUGACUAG